ACCCCUCCUUUCCUUCAUCUUCAACCACCUCACUCUCCACUUCAGUCUCACAGCCUCCCUCUUCUCUGCCAGAAACCAGCAGCUCGAACAAAAAUGGCAUCGGAAAGAGUUCUGGAUUUCACCUUGGUUCCACUGGGCCUCAUUCUAAUGUCGUGCUACCACCUAUGGCUCCUCUUCCGCGUCCUCAAUCACCCUUCCAAAACCACCAUCGGCGUCAAUUCCAUCAAUCGCCAGUUCUGGGCUCGCGCUAUGAUGGCGGAACCAUCGAAGAACGGGGUCCUGGCGGUGCAGACCCUCCGCAACAACAUAAUGGCGUCGACACUUUUAGCCACCACGGCGAUCAUGCUCGGCUCCCUCAUCGUCGUCCUGCUCGCGGGCAACCCCGGGGCCCGAUCCGUCGACGGGUUCGUGAUCGGCGACAGGAGCAGGGUCGGGCUGGCGGUGAAGUUGUUCUCCCUCUUGCUCUGUUUCAUGGUGGCGUUCCUGAUGACGGUGCAGUCGAUCAGGUACUACAGCCACGCCAGUUUCCUCAUCAACGUCCCCUUAACGGCGUCACACCCUCGUCAUCACCUCCGCCAGCAGCAGCGGCAGGGCGGCGGCGGCCAUCUGCUGACGGCGGAGUACGUGGAGAGGUCGCUGAAGAGGGGAGGGUAUUUCUGGUCGCUGGGGCUCAGGGCGUUCUACUUCUCGCUGCCUCUGUUUCUGUGGAUCUUUGGGCCCGUACCCAUGUUCGUCAGCUGCUUGGUGCUCCUGCUUGUGCUCUAUUUCCUGGACCUCAAUUCCGAGGUGGAGCCCGGUCCGGUGACCCUUGGCAGCAAUAACGUCUGAAAAUCGUCGGCUUCCUUUGCUGAUCGAAUUCAAGUUCAACCAUCGUUGAAUGCUAGGUUAAUGUGUGCGAAACUCUUUGCUCUUCCUCUUCGUUUUUUUUUUUUUUUUUUCCACCCCUGUUGUUCCAUCGGUUAAAAGCUCUCUUU